ACUCCGUACAUCGUGACAUGUUUUUCUAUCGGUCUCAUAUUGCAAUGACAGUGAUGUUUAUUAAACAGCGUGGAUAUUCAGUUCAGUUAGUUGCAAAAAUACAUAAAUUUUAAGCGAAAUCCAUAGGUAAACACACGUGAAAAUGGCUGAUAUUGACGAAUUGUUCGGUGGUUUCGAUGAAUCAAUUGGUUUUGAUGAGGGCGAAGCAGCGAAUCCAGUUGUUGUCGAAGACGAAGAAGAGCAGCAAAAUGAAAGUACACUAUCGAAAUCAGAAAAGAGACCGCUCGAAAUUGAAGCCGAAGACAACGACGGGGAGGAGAAGCGAAAGAAACCACGAACAGAGGAUGGCACAAAAGUGACGGAGUCAAUUUUGGAUGAUAUCCGAUUGGAGGAUAUUGAAUCACGUAUCACAGUUCAUGUUAUCGAAUCACCCGAGUCAUGCACGCACGAAGUAGCGGUUUAUCCAGGUCAAACGUACAUUCCGUUGGAACCUGUGACCGGUACACCUGCCAAAGAAUAUACAUUCGUGUUGGAUCCAUUUCAAAAGGAAGCCAUUCAGUGCAUAGAAAAUGAUCAAUCAGUCUUGGUAUCGGCGCACACCUCAGCCGGAAAGACUGUUGUAGCCGAAUAUGCGAUAGCACGCUCACUGAAUAACAAACAACGAGUCAUUUACACAACACCAAUCAAAGCACUGUCAAAUCAAAAGUAUCGUGAAUUCAGCGAAGAAUUCAAGGAUGUCGGUCUAGUUACUGGUGAUGCUACCAUCAAUCCAACGGCAUCAUGUUUGAUUAUGACCACAGAAAUUUUGCGAAAUAUGUUGUAUCGAGGCUCGGAAAUUAUGCGCGAAGUUGGUUGGGUAGUUUUCGAUGAAAUCCAUUACAUGCGUGACAAAGAGCGUGGUGUCGUAUGGGAGGAAACAUUGAUUUUGUUGCCAGAUAAUGUGCAUUACGUGUUCUUAUCGGCUACAAUUCCCAAUGCUCGCCAAUUCUGUGAAUGGAUCACGUUUGUUCACAAGCAAAAUUGCCAUGUCGUUUACACGGACUAUCGCCCAACACCACUGCAACAUUACCUAUUCCCAGCUGGCGGUGAUGGCAUCCAUUUGGUAGUCGAUGAAAAAGGUCAGUUCAAAGAGGAUAAUUUCAAUGCGGCAAUGAAUGUGUUGGCUACAGUUGGUGAAGCAUCAAAAGGCGACCAAAAAGGAAGAAAAGGUGGACUCAAGGGUACCAACAGAGGAGAGUCAAACAUUUAUAAAAUCGUAAAAAUGAUCAUGGAACGUAAUAUGGCACCGGCCAUAGUUUUUUCGUUCAGCAAAAAAGAAUGCGAAGUUUAUGCGAUGCAAAUGGCUAAAUUGGACUUCAAUUCACUCGAAGAGAAAAAGCUGGUCGACGAGGUAUUCAAUAAUGCGAUGGAUGUGCUAUCGGAAGAGGAUCGUCGUUUGCCUCAAGUUGAGAACGUGUUGCCAUUGUUGAGACGUGGCAUUGGUAUUCAUCAUGGUGGUUUGCUGCCCAUUUUGAAAGAAACCAUCGAAAUUUUGUUCGGCGAAGGUUUACUCAAAACACUAUUCGCCACCGAAACAUUCGCCAUGGGAUUAAACAUGCCGGCCAGAACGGUUCUGUUCACCAGCCCACGCAAAUUCGAUGGCAAGGAGAUGCGUUGGAUCACAUCGGGUGAAUACAUUCAGAUGUCAGGUCGAGCUGGUCGACGUGGUCUCGAUGAUAAAGGUAUUGUCAUCCUAAUGAUUGACGAAAAAGUAUCAAAAGUUGCUGGCAAAGAGAUUGUCCAAGGCAAAGCCGAUCCAAUUAAUUCAGCCUUUCAUCUGACAUACAACAUGGUGCUGAAUUUACUGCGUGUCGAAGAAAUCAAUCCCGAAUACAUGAUGGAACGAAGCUUUUUCCAAUUCCAAAAUCAAUCGUCCAUCCCUGACAUGUAUCGACGCGUCGAAAAGAAGCAAAAAGAGGUGGAUUCACUGAAUAUUCCAAUGGAAUCAAGCAUAGCCACCUACUAUCACAUUCGCGAUCAAUUGGAUAAAUUGGGCAAAGAAUUUAGAUAUCAUCUAACGAAGCCCGUGUAUCUGACGCCAUUUUUGCAACCGGGUCGCAUGGUGAAAGUGCAAAAGGAAAACGGUGAAGAAUUCGAAUGGGGAAUCGUUGUUAAUUUCCGUAAGCAACAGAGCGACGAUAAGAACCCAGCCAAAUCUGAGACUGUUACAAUUGUCGACAUUUUACUGCAUGUUGAUGAUGACUUUGCGAAAACCAACACCGCCAAGCCAUGUCCAGCGAAUAAACAAGGCUCAAUUGAAGUGGUGCCGGUGCUUCAUUCGCUUAUUUCACGAAUCAGUUCGUUGCGUGUUUACUAUCCGAAGGAUUUACGGCCGGCUGAAAGUCGACGUUCCGUAUUGAAAACGAUAAACGAGGUGAAGAAGCGUUUCCCGAAAGGUCCACCACUGCUUAAUCCUAUCAACGAUAUGAAUAUCAAAGAUGAAGACUUCAAGCGCGUAGUCGAAACCAUUGACAAAUUCGAAAAACAACUCUACACCCAUCCGUUGCAUGAAUCGCCCCAGUUGAGCGAAUUUUAUGCUGAAUAUUCAAAGAAAAUUCAGUUGUUGGCCGAAUUAAAAGGCGAAAAAGAUGCUCUGCGCAAAGCCAAAAGUCUGCUACAGAUGGAUGAAUUGAAGCAUCGAAAACGAGUUCUACGGCGACUUGGAUAUUGUACACAGGCUGAUGUCAUCGAAUUUAAAGGGCGUGUAGCGUGCGAGCUCAGCUCAGCUGAUGAGUUACUCAUUACCGAAAUGAUUUUUAACGGCGUUUUCAAUUCAUUGAGCAUCGAACAGAGCGUCGCACUGUUGUCGUGUUUUGUGUGCGAUGAACGAAGCAAUGAAGCACCAAAAACCGCCGAAGAACUCUCUGGGCCAUUACGACAGAUGCAAGAUUUGGCACGACGCAUUGCUAAAAUCUCUGUCGAAUGUAAACUCGAAAUGGAUGAAGAAGCCUACGUGGAAAAGUUUAAGCCAUUCUUGAUGGACGUUGUGUUGGCAUGGUGCAAAGGUGCAUCAUUCAAAUCGAUAGCUGGAAUGACUGACAUUUUUGAAGGUUCAAUCAUUCGGUGUAUGCGACGUUUAGAGGAAUUGUUGCGACAAAUGUGCCAAGCCGCCAAAACCAUCGGUAACACGGAACUCGAAAAUAAAUUCUCCGAAGGUAUUCGACUAUUGAAACGUGACAUUGUAUUUGCCGCCUCAUUGUAUCUUUAAUUCGAUUUGAUAACUAAAUAAAAUUUGACUUAUUUUAAAUGUCGUUUUAUCACCUUUUUCCAUUGUAAAUAAACUGAUAGAGAUUAAAAUGUGAAAAAAAA